CCCAAUCAGCAGCAGCAGCCUCUCUCCUACUAAUAAUCUCCCCAAGAUUGGAUCAUACUCUCAUCUCAUCAUAGUCUCCGCCCAUCCGCCAUCGCUCGCAGAUCUCUCUCGCUCUCGCUCUAGCUCUCGCUCGAGGAGGAGAUGGCGGAGAUCGUGGUGGCGCCGCGGGCGCCGGCGCCGGCGGGGAGGUGGGGCGCCGCGCCGCCGCAGGAGCUGGUCGAGAGGCUCAAGGACUACGGCCAGGAGGGCGCCUUCGCGCUCUGGGACGAGCUCGCCCCCGAGGAGCGCGACUUCCUCGUCCGGGACAUCGAGAGCCUAGAUCUUGCUAGGAUUGACCGGAUCGUCCGAUGCUCGCUCAGAUCACAAGGUGUUCCUUUGCCAGCCGUCGAGCCUGUGCCGGAGUCGAGUGUCUCGACCGUCGAAGAUAGAACUCCUGAGGACAAGCAGAGGUGGUGGAAGAGGGGCUUGAAAGCCAUUUCAGAGGGGAAAUUGGCUGUUGUCCUUUUGGCUGGUGGUCAGGGAACAAGGCUUGGCAGUUCUGAUCCUAAGGGAUGCUUCAGCAUCGGGCUUCCAUCUGGAAAGUCACUUUUCCAACUUCAAGCUGAACGAAUUUUGUGCAUACAGAAGCUGGCUGCUCAGUCCACUGAUGGUACUCCACAAAUACACUGGUAUAUAAUGACUAGCCCCUUUACUGAUGAAGCGACUCGAAAAUUUUUUGAAAGCCACAGAUAUUUUGGCUUAGAGCCUGACCAAGUAACAUUUUUCCAGCAAGGUACUAUCCCAUGUGUCUCAGCUGAUGGAAGGUUUAUUAUGGAAACACCAUACAAGGUAGCAAGGGCUCCUGAUGGCAAUGGUGGAGUGUAUGCUGCUCUAAAAUCUCAAAGGUUGCUGGACGAUAUGGCUGGAAGAGGUGUGAAAUAUGUAGAUUGCUAUGGAGUUGACAAUGUAUUGGUCCGUGUUGCUGAUCCAACAUUCCUAGGAUAUUUCAUUGACAAGGGCGUGUCUGCUGCUGCAAAGGUCGUAAGGAAGGCAUAUCCACAGGAGAAAGUUGGAGUGUUUGUUCAGCGUGGCAGGGGUGGGCCUCUUUCUGUAGUUGAGUACAGUGAAAUGGAUGCAGCUAUGACUACUGAAAUAAAUCAAGGCACAGGGCGCCUUCGUUAUUGUUGGAGCAAUGUAUGCCUGCAUAUGUUUACUUUGGAUUUUCUUAAUCAAGUAACAAAUAGUCUUGAAAAGGACAGCAUUUACCAUUUAGCAGAGAAGAAGAUUCCUUCAAUCCAUGGGUACACGGCAGGCUUAAAGCUUGAACAGUUUAUAUUUGACGUGUUCACCUAUUCUCCAUCAACAGCUCUUUUUGAGAUUUUGAGGGAGGAGGAAUUUGCACCAGUAAAGAAUGCUAAUGGUGCAACUUAUGAUACUCCUGAUAGUGCCAGAUUAAUGCUGCUCCGCCUUCACAGCCGAUGGGUGGUAGCUGCAGGUGGCUUUUUGACUCAUUCCGUGCCCUUGUAUAUGACAGGUGUUGAAGUUUCUCCACUUAGCUCUUAUGCGGGAGAGAACCUGGAAGCCAUAUGCCGUGGACGGACAUUCCAUGCACCGAGUGAGAUUUCAUUUUAGGAAUAGUGUCUGUCGAAAGCAACAGUCUCAGACCCAGCUAAAAAGCAUCUGUCUCAAGAAGAGAAUGGCAGGAUCCCUCAAUUUUCAUUGGGACAUGAGAUGAGAUAGUUGGACUUGAGCUCUUGCAGUUAGAAUGUUGAUAUUAGUCAGCUUGUUGUAAUGCCAGUAAUUGUAAUUCAACAAUUGGAGUUGGCUCCCUUUCCAUGUACCAUUUUUGUGCUGCUCAAAUGUAGAUGAUCAAACAAUGGCUAAAUCUUCUGUAAAAAAUAAUACAUCUCUGUAAGACUGGUCUAUGCACAAUUGUUAAUUCAACGUGCUCUAAAGUGAGAAGAAAAAGAAAACAAAGAAUGGAGUACACAUUUUCCUUU